CAAUUAAUAUUUAGUGUGUGAUUGUCUACGUGAACGAAUUUUGGUUCUUAUGCGCGAAAGCUAUAUUCAUCCAAGAUGAGAAAUCUUACUCUUCAAAGCUUUUCGCAGUUGAGUUGUGGAGAAAUUAAAAUCGGUGAUGCAUUUUGUUGUAGUUCUCAGUUAAAUGACAUCUACAUUUGCAGUAAAGGUUACGUGUAUUGCAAAUCCUCUGGAAACCAGAAUUUCUCCCUUUUGGUUGACUUACACGAUUACUAUCAUGAUACUGCUGUCCCAAAAACUGUUAAUUUGGUUCUCAAUUGCAUUACAGAUAGUUUGAAUUUGUCUUUUGAGAAUGGCGAUAUUUUAAGCAUUGAACAAGGCUCUUCCGAGAUCACGUGCGUGGGUUGCGUCGAGAGCGGCAUACGAGCAAUGUGCUGGAGUCCUGAUCAGGAAGUGGUGUCUGUGGUGACUGGUAAUGAUACCGUCCUGAUGGUGGCCGGAGCAUUCGACCCCAUAAAUGAAGUUGAACUUCAUCAAGAAGGAUUUGGGGAAAAGCAGUUUAUUACUGUAGGAUGGGGAAAGAAAGAGACUCAGUUCCAUGGGUCGGAGGGCAAAGCAGCUCGCGUGGUUACUGGCCAUGUCGAGAAAAAGCAAAAUAACGAUACAGGCAUACCAUGUGUCAGUUGGAGAGGAGAUGGUGUUUUGUUUGCCGUUAGCAGCGUAGGCCCCAAGGAUAUUCGUUACAUACGAAUAUUUAGCCGUGAAGGGAUUUUGCAGUAUACGAGUGAACCAACCUCUGGUUUAGGGAGUGUCCUCGCUUGGCGCCCCUCUGGAAAUGUUUUAGCCACAACACAGUGUCUGCCAAACAAAUAUGUUGUUACUUUUUUCGAAAAAAAUGGCUUAAAGCAUGGAGAGUUUGUGCUGCCCUUUGAUUUUUCUGAAGUGCGAGUGACGCAGCUGUUGUGGAAUUCAGAUUCAUCGAUCUUAACUUCAGUGGGUGUCAACAUUCAACUACACAAAACAUUCUUGUAUUUUUGGACGGUCAAUAAUUAUCACUGGUAUUUGAAACAAGUGUUGGAGUUCCCAGCUGAGAAAAAAUUACUGCAUGUUGAAUGGGAUUCAUUGCACAGAUACAGACUGCACGUAUUUCGUGAAGGAGGAAGCAUUAUUUACACGUGUUACGAUUGGACUUGGAUAGUAAACAGCAAAUCAAAUGCGACAGAAGAAGAUGGUGCAGUUGUGGUUGUGAUAGAUGGAGCCGACGUUCUGCUCACUUCGUUCCAUCAGGCGGUCGUCCCGCCACCGAUGUGCAGCCAGAAACUGACGCUGCGGGCGCCCGUGAACGCGGUCGCGUUCCCGGCGGGGAGAGGGGAAGGACUGUGCACUGUGCUGAGCGACGGGUCUGUGGCUGCCUUGUCGCCGCAGGGAGACACUCUGUGGCACAGCGACGUGUCGUGGGGCGACGAUUCUCCCGGGGGCCUCCCGCCCCACCACUGGCUGUGGCUUGCUGCGGACACGUUUUUGUGCUGCCAUAACUCCUGCCUGGCAUUUCUGACACGCGACUGCGAACAAAAUAAACUUGUCGUCAGGAGCUCCACCCCCGUGGACGGAACGGUGUCCGGCCUGUGCGCCGUGCCGGGCGGAUCGCUCGUCCUGGUGCAGCUGAGCGACGGCUCGCUGCUCACGUACGACCCCUCUGGCGCGGAGCUGGGGCGGCACUCGUUCGCGCUCCCCGAGCGCUGCGCCAAGCUGGACGUCUGCCGGGUCGACGGCAGCCAGGCAGUGUUCGCUCUCAGCGACCGCAACAGGUUCUACGUGGACGGGAAGGAGGUAGCGAGCAACGUGACGUCGUACGCCCUCCACCCACACUUCCUGCUGCUGACCACGCUCCAGCACACCCUGCUGUGCUGCCGGCUGGGCGCCGUGCGGGGGCUAGCGGCGGCGGCCGGCACGGCCCGGCGCGUGGAGCGCGGCGCCCGCCUGGUCGCCGCCGUGCCCGGAGACACCCGCGCCGUGCUGCAGUCCCGGCGCGGGAACCUGGAGUGCGUGCAGCCGCGUCCCAUGGUCCUGCACGCCGCCGCAUGUCUCCUCGACGCCCGCUCGUACCGCGCCGCGUUCCUCCUGGCGAGGAGGCAGCGCCUCAACCUGAACCUGCUGUGCGACCACGACCGGGACGCGUUCCUGGGCAGCGCGGCGCGCUUCGCGGCCGACGUCGCAGACCCCGGCUGGCUGUCGCUGUUCCUCUCCGAGCUGCGGGAGGAGGACGUCACCCGGACCACGUACGCCGGCUUCUACCCAGACAGGACCGGCGCCCAGCCUCCGUCGCAGUCCCGCAGCAAAGUGGAAGUGGUGUGCGAGGCGUUGCGCGAGGCGUUGCUGGCGCGAGCCGAUGCCGACGCGUACCUCCUGCCCGUGCUGACGAGCCACGUGCGCCAGGGCUCGGCGCAGGACCUGGCCGCUGCGUUGCUGCGCAUCAAAGCCGUCAAGCAGGCCUGCGCUGAGGAAGGAGGAAGUAAGCUGGCCGUCUCUGCAGCAGACGCCCUGAAGCACAUCCUGUACUUGGUCGAUGUGAACGAGCUGUACGACGUGGCACUUGGAAUGUACGAUUUCGAUCUGGUGCAGCUGGUUGCAGCUAGGUCACAGAAGGAUCCCAAGGAAUACCUGCCAUUCCUCAACCAUUUGUUAAGUCUCGAACCGGACUACCGCAAGUACUGCAUCAACAAACACUUGCAGCGCUACGAGGAGGCUCUGAAGCAUAUUGUGCGUUGUUUGGAUGACGAUGCACACUUCCAGGAAUGUCUAGAUCUUGUAAAGGAGCACAGAUUGUACACACAUGCGCUGGAGCUGCUGGGAAGGGACAGCCGGCAGUACCGCCGAGUGGCCGUGCUGUACGCGGAGCACCUGCGCGAGGCCAGGCGCUGGGACGAGGCGGCGGUGAUGUUCCGGCGCGGAGGGGAUCCAGCCCGGGCGCUCGACUGCUGCGCGGCGGCCGGGGACUGGCGGCAGGCGGUGCUGCUCGCCGGCGAGAUGGACUACAGCGCGAGCCAGCUGCGCGAGCUGUGCCAGGGGCUGGUGGGCAGCCUGUGCGAGCGGCGCCAGCACGGCGACGCGGCAGAGAUCCUGGCCGAGCUACUGGGCCACACGGAGGAGAGCGUGGCCAUGCUGGCGCGGGGCUGCCUGUGGCCGCGGGCCGUGUGGGCGGCGCUCCGGGCCGGCCGGCCGGACCUCCUGGAGACGCACAUCAAGCCGGGUCUGUUGGAGCAUCAGAAGCAGAUGUUGUCACAGUUGGAAACUUCUCGCGAGCUGUUCUCGAGACACAAGACACGCCUGGCUGUGGUUCGUAAGAUGCAGAAGCUACAACUCCAAGACGAGACUGAACCAGCACACCCAGAUUGCGACUUAUUCUCUGAUACCAGCACGAUCAUGGGUUCUAGUGCCGCCUCAUCAAGAUCUAGGAGUUCCACGAGGACAUUCAGAUCAAGUAAGAGUCGCAGAAAGCAGGAACGCAAGUUGCUCAGCCUUAAGGAAGGAAGCCAGUUCGAAGAUUUGGCACUUAUCAGAUCCUUGCAUGAGCUAGUGACAAGUGCAGUUAAAGCUAAGAGUGAGGUGAGAGGUUUAUGCCAGCAACUGGUCCAUUUUGAAUACGAUCAGCAGGCUUCGGACUUGCAGCAAGCAUUGGAGUCGCUGUUACAAGAAAUGCAGCAAAGCCUUGCAGAUAUAUGGAGUCCGGAGGUGACAAACAUUGAUCACAGUACGUAUGGUCCUGAAGAAACGGUGAACAGCUUGACAUCGAAACUAAAGCUGGGUGGAGAAAUCCCUGGUGUGUCGUACACAUUGCUUGAGCCUUCGUUGAGGAUCCCGCCAAACUUAAAUGAUGACAAAACAUGGAAAUUUGACAUUUUCAAGAGUGUUUGAUUGUUUUGCUUCUGGUUUAAUGAACUUUUUAUGACUUAACUUUUUCUGUGUUUAAGCAUACAGUGAUUUUUUUUUAUGUUGUACAGAUUUAUGUUUAUAAGUAAAACAAAUUUUAUUUUCAAA